GUGGUGACAUUAAGACGAGCGGCUUCAGCCUCACAACGUGUCGCAACAUGGUCAACCUUCUGGACAAAGACGGCUCUGGUAAACUGGGUCUGCUGGAGUUCAAAGUGCUGUGGACCAAGAUCGAGAAGUUCCUGACGAUCUACAGGGAGAAGGACGUGGAUAAUUCGGGGACGAUGAGCUGCGUAGAGAUGAGGAUUGCUGUGGAGGAAGCAGGGUUCAGCCUGAAUAACCCUCUCCAUCAGGUCCUGGUCGCUCGUUACAGUGAACCUGAACUCACCAUCGACUUCGACAACUUCGUCAGCUGUUUGUUUCGUCUGGAGACCAUGUUCAACACGUUUGAAACUCUGGAUAAAGAUAAGUCAGGAUCCAUCGAGUUAAACUUCACGGAGUGGCUGAACCUGUCUAUGCUCUGAUCCGGAUCCCGGUCCUGCAGAGUCUGCUCAGCUCAGAUCUCGCUGGUUUGAAGACGGGAGUUUGGUGUGUGCCUUUUAAUGAUCAGGGAGUCACAGACUGAAUGUUUAACAGAUGUUUGUUUGUUUGAUAUUCAACAUCACCUGUAAGAAUCAUAUUUUAAUCCUUAAAGACUUAUAAUAAAGAC